GCACUUCAUGUUCAGCGUUUAAAAAAAAAAAAGAUGAUAAUUGGUUAUUCGGAUUUGGCGAGAACUGGAACACUGAACCAAACUGCUGUGACUGUUUGUGUAUUUUUCCUUAACAACGCUAGAUGUCGUGGUAGCAAAACCUGUCCAUAGAAUGAGUAAGCAAGUAACACACCUAAAUCAAUGAGGCAUUUAUUUUUUGGAUUUGUUUUACACAAUGUUAAGUUACUUAAGUGUCAGACUACUAUUUAUCUAGAACUUAAAUAAAUUGUCCCCUACUUUAAACAUCACAGUAACGUCUGCCUAUGAUUUAGUGCUAUAUUAACAGACAAAAUGUGCAAAAUUAGCAGACAGACUGUGCGCAGCAUGAAAAUGAAUCUACGAACUACAUUCGCGUCUCUGAUGGGCUAAAUGUCCACUGAGCAACAUUUGGUACUCUGGCUCCACCUACUCCUAAAGAUUGAUUUAGCAGUAUUCUAUUUUCUGCUGGUUAAUUGGACUGUUUCCUCAUCAUUCAAAUUUGCGGCGUAUUGCUCCUCCCAGGUUUGUACUACUAGCACCAGUAGGUUGCUUGUCACUGAGUUGCAUUACCUCAACAGGAGGCUGAAUCAGUGCAGAACAAAGUGGAUCUCAUUGAAAGCGUGAGCAUUACCGUCAAAACAUUUGUAUCUAAGGGAUGUAGCUGAUAAGAAGAAAACAUGUCAUCACAUGGUUUCGAAAGAGACCCCAACCGCAGUGUUCUCAGCCAUGUUCAUUCUUGAGCGCAUCCUCCAAUAGACGGCGUUGCCAUGGAGCCGAGCAGAGGAAGUGAGACGGCAAGUAAAACAAAGCCAUUGUCUGAUGGCUGUGAUGAGACAGCUAGGGGGAGUGAGGCCCCGCAGGCAGAGGCAGAGCCACCGUCUGAGUCCCUUGAAUCGAGUCCCCCUGAUCCACAGCCACCCGGGAGGCUGAGGAAGACCGCCUUCAAGCUGUUUGGGGGCCGUAAGAGUAUUUGCUCUCUGCCCAGCUUCUUCGGCGGUAAAAACAAAAGCCAAGGGAAGGGCACUUCCAAAAAGGGUAUAAGCAAGAGCAAAACGCAUGACUGCAUCAGCAGGUUGGCUUGGGAGGAUGGCAGAGGAGCCGGGUGCGUCCCAGCAGGGGACUUUGAGUACCAUGGGCAGAAGGGUUCCGUCGGUAAAACCCUGACUAGCUCUGUGAGCUCACAUGCCAUGAAUGACCCUGGGAAAAGGACAGACUUUCUCAAAGGGGAAUCGUCCCACAUGCUCUCUUUGGAGACGGGCGAUCAUAAACUCCCCGUCGACAAAUCCACUCUGUCCUUCCCCCGUCCAAAGAAGGGACUGAAGGGGCUGUUCAGCAGCAUCAGGCGUCACAGAAAAAGUAAAAAUGUAGAAUCUGAGAGAAGCGAGACAUUUGAAAUGUCUGUUGACAUCUCUAAAGACUUAGUGCCUGUCUGUGGGCCAGCCAUUGUUCAGCAUGAUUGCAAACAUCUGGAUAGCUUAGCAGAACCAAACGUGCCUGCACUAAAGGUCAAAGAUGGUUUUAUUAUUACUCAUGAAUGUAUUAAAGAUAAAGCUUUAUCUGAAAACGAUAUUGCCCUAAUCAAAGGGGACGUUGAACAUUUGAAGGAAGGUAGAGUUUUGAGAGAUGCAGUCAGUGAUGUGGAAGAGCGGACUGGGAUCCUGAAGGCAAAUGGAGAGGCUCUUUGCUCAAACUCAGAAUGCACUUAUCCACCCAGCAUGAAUCCAGACUGUACAGAGAUUGACCAACCUUCUCUUCACUCCUCAGAUCAGAUCAGCUUCAUUUUUGGGGAUGUGGCUUCUUUGAAGAGCUUUGACUCACUCACUGGCUGUGGAGACAUCAUUGCAGACCAAGAUGAUGACAGUGUUGCUGAAAGCACCAUCUCAGGGGAAAGGAGUCGUAAUGCUGGAAAAAGGAGUUCCUGCUAUGUCACUUACCAAGGUGGUGGUGAAGAAAUGGCAUCCCCCAAUGAGGUUGAUGGUGAUUAUCUUCAGGGCUUGUGGGAAGACGUAGGUAAAGCGGACGUUUGCUACACCUCCAGCCAACAAUCGGAUUUAAAUGAACAAGGUGAGAGCCUAGCACCAGGUAUGAUCUCUUCUGAAAUGGAACCUUCCAGAAGUUCCACCUGCUCUCGUGCUGUUGUUGAUGGUUCCCUCACACCUGGGGAUGUUUUGACCCCCCAAAGUGACCAGCAGGAGUCUGUCCCCAACAGCGAUGAGGGUUACUAUGAUUCCACCACCCCAGGGCCCGAUGAGGACGGAGACAGAGUUAGCAGAUUAGGAAAUGAGAGACUGUUGAGGGAUAGUUACAGUGGCGAUGCACUUUAUGAGCUGUUCGAGGCAGAUGACAGUCUCAUGAGUCCCUCCCUUGGACACGAGUCCUCCUUAGAGACACAACCACCCACCCCGGAUCCGUUGGAAUUUUUGGGUGUCAUACUGCAGAGCGGUGACCCAAAAUUGAGCCCUGCUUUCAAUCACAAAACUGGUCUGAUGGAAACUGAGGAGGCCCGAUUAACAAAAAUGCAACAGGACCUUCUCUGCUGUGAACUGCAAGGAAUGCAGAAAGCACCCAAGGAGUCCGUUGUGUUGGGGAAGGGCAGAUUCUACCCUGAAAAAAGCCUUACUGAGUGUGUUCCCAAACUUGAAAAGCAGCAUCAAGUUGGUCUCAAAGAAGACCAGGUUAUUUCACAGUUAGAAAGCCAAAAAGGAAAAAACUGCAUGCAACAGGGACCGCACAGCCUUGAAGGAAGUCCUGUUGAGACAGUCCCCUGCAAAGGAGGGGGCGGCCAGAAGAAGCUUGACAAACCUCCGCACAUAAAGGCUGUUGAAGCAGUUUGCACGUCACAACCAUUACAAGAGCUGUCACCAUGUGUAGAGCAAGGCAAGCAAAUGGCUGAGAACAGAGGAAAAAAUGUAUGCUCCAGCAAAGACGAGGAAGAAGCAGAGCACGACCAAACUGUUUGCUUUUCCCAAGCCUUGGUGGAUUUCACAAAGCAUGCCAAGCUAUUCAGCAGUCUGUCUGACGGUCUGGAAGGCUCUGACUCCAGCACUUCUUUUGCCCAGAAUAUAGACGCACUUCCAGCUAUGGUCACAUUUGACAUUGUAGACAUGGAGGAUGAUGGAGAAUGUGAUCGCCAAAUAGAUAUGGUCUCAGAUGAGGACAUUGUGUCACCCCAUGAAGCGUUUGAUGAAAGCUACCUACAGAAAGAUGCUUUUGCUGAAUGUGAUAAAAUGUUUGACUUUUAUAACCAGGCCGUGUUUCUAGGUAACACCUGGGGAGUUGCUAGUCUCCCACGACAUCUUAGCCUCACCAGGGUCAAUCAACCCAUGCCAGUCCCUUUGUCCUUAAACAGGAGAAGCAGGUCCCUGGACACUGACAGUCUGGAUUUUGAGUUGGGUGGCAUGUAUCGAGGGCAGUCCAAGGUUAGCCCCUCUCCAAUUCUCACCCCUAGAGUGGAGAGAGACCCCAAGCGGGCAUCAUCCCUCCACUGCAGACGGACUGGGCACUCUGCUGGCUCAGAGACGAGGGACAGCAGUAAGCGCACGGCUGCAUCAUGGCAACAAGAGCCUGCCGGGUCCUUUGCCCACCCUCCAGCAGAUGGGAGGAGAGUGUGCCAGGUGCAGGGUCUCGUUCCGGCUCAGAAGGAAAGGGCAAAGCCAACAUGUGGCCUGACGGGAACACUUGAGGCUGAGCCAGGCGGUCACACUCCCAGCCGUAAAAGCAGAACACAGAUUUCAAAGCCUGAGGUUGAAGACAGAGGGGCCUGUAUUCCUGCACCACAAAGCCCCGGGCACUUGACUAGACCGUCCCAUCUGCCCUUGCGGUCUGGAGACUGUGGCUCUCAACCCCAGCGCACUUUAACCGGGGCUUCCAGAGAGAGCUCAUGUGACAGAGCCGAUCGUGCGUCAGAUGACCGGAGCGAGCUGUACUUCCUGAAGAAUUAUGCCUUGACACAGUACUCCGAUUCCUCCCAUCAGCAUGCUAAGAUCAAACCCAUAGGGGUCACACAGGGGAUGCCUCAUUUUCACUCUGACACCAGUAGUGCAUCAAAAGCAGCCAUCUUUCAGGAGCACCGAGAGUUUGUCAAAAAAGGCAGAAAAGUGGUUGACGGGGCAUUGCUUGCUGAAUGUAACAAACACACGACAUAGUCCUCACUCUGUGAACACAAAGCUUUUAGCAUUUUUUGUUCUAGUCGUAUGUAGCUAAUUUUGUCAUCUCACAUACCACCAAAGACACCUUGCUGGAUGUUUACAUCACCAAUAACUUAAUUGCUGGCCUAAUAGCUUACUUUUUAUCAUGUAUAUGGCAAAAAAUGGAAACUUUUGUAUGUAGUUUUUUAUUGGAAUGGUAGCAGCACACCUCCUGUAUUGUUAUAUUGUGAUGUAAAAACUUAAUCAUGAGGUGCCCUGCUGUAUUGAUCAAAGCUAUUUUGUUGUCCUCAUUAGUCAGUAUCAUGCUUUUUUUUUUUUUGUUUUAGUUAAAAUUCUUUAUAGCUCACGCGUUACUGAGGUUACCGAUAAUUAUAGAAGAAAAAAUGUGUUUAGAACAAUUAUUUUUCACUUAAUAAGCUAAUGUUUGUUGAAGGAAAAGUGGUUUUCCUGAAAAGAAAGUGCUCUUUUGCCUCAUUCUGGAAGGUACUGGAAAGCAGUGUAUAGGAUUGGAGUGUCAUAGAUUAUUCCAAUGUAUUUUUCCAAUCUUUAAAAUGACCUGGCUUAAAAUUAUAACCUGUAUCAUUUCCACUCUGGCACAGAUGCCAACACUGCAGUACAUUGGAAAAGAUAUCAUGUCUUGAUGUGGCUCAAUGAAUGAAUGGCACUAUAUUUAAAAAAUGGAAGUUCAGUGUGCUCCGAACACCUGAUAUGGUUCUUAUGUUUGUAUGGUGGCUGCUUCUUUCUUCAGGAUGUCUUGGUUCUCCAACAAUUCUUUGUACUUUACAUUAUUUUUGAUGUUUACAAAUGUAUUCUUUUCCCCCUUGUUGCUGUUUUUUAUUUGUUGGAAUUGUGCACCAUUACUAUUUAACUAAAAACAGAGGCAGUAUGUGUCUUGUUCCAGUUUUGCAGUGAAGGUAAUUGAAAAAAAGUAGAUGCUUUCAAUGUGUACGCGAGCAUACAAAGCUGUAAAGUACUGCACCAGUGAUUUUUGGGCUGCAGCCUGUAGUGACCACGAGAUCGAACCCUAGCCGUGCUUUUUCAAUGUUUUGCUUAUUUGUGAUGGAAAAGUGUUAAACAUCAGGGAUGAACAUAUAUACAAAACUUUUUUGUGGAUACUGUAUUUCCAGUGCCACAGUGCUUAGUUUCAGUAUAUUGAACACUACAGGUGUUGCAUUAAAUAAUACUAUACUGCUUACAUUUAAGCCAGUCAACAUUAAUAUAAUUGUGUUACCCUAAGUGAGGAGUAAAUAAAUUGUUUCCAGACAGCUUGCUUGCUGAAGUAAUGUUCUGUUCUUAUGCCUUGUGUAUAAAUGCUUUGAUGUGUAGCCCAAAGCAUGUAUGACAUUUAGAUGUCAUGUAUAACACGGCCUACUCUAUCAUAUUAAGCCACAGCCAAUUUCCAGAGAGAUGUUGAAUGUUUUCAUGAAUGCCAUUGGCUAGGGACAGGGCACAUGUGAUUCAAAAAGACCUACUUUCAAAUGCUUAAGUACACAAUACAUUACAAACAUAGAUUAAUCUAGAUCUCUAAGCACUUGUACGAAAUCUUUAAAAUCAACUCCCCCUGCUAGUCCAACCCCCUGUAGUAUUGAUUCAGUCCCAUUGUGAACUUAUGUGGUCCUUAGACAUAGUUUAAUGAAGGUCAGGGAAUUUGUUGAAUAUCCUAAUGGCAAGUUAAAAUUGGAAACAAAUUUCCCUCUGGAUUUAAAGGCUUUGAAUAUCUUACAGCGAAGUCAAUUGUUUGAUAGAGGUGUAUACCACACCUUUGCUAGAAGCUGCUAGUAUCUUUCAAGACGGUUAGAUAGCAUGUGUUUUCAUGUAGCAAAUGAGCAGAUUAGGACAAAUGUCUGUGUGCACUCAAGUGCCUUUUCAAUGUCAUGUUCACAUACGAGUGGAACACUAACUAUCCCUAUGUUUCUUGUAAAAUGUCCUGUUGUCUUUAAUUCUCUAAUUGCUCACUGUAGACAAUUUGUGUUAGUAAUGUAUCUUUUUUUUGUUGUUGUUUACACUUUCCGGACACUUGUUUGCUUUACUUGAGUAAAGUCUGAACAAAGAAUGUGCCCUUGUCUCCUGCCAUUGAAAAUCAGUCCAAAAUGGCAGGUCUUCAUCCAUGUCAGUCAUUUGUAUUCAUUGUAUAUGUGGUCUUUUUUGAGGGACUGCUGCUGAAGCUUGGUCAGCGACCAGCUUGUCUGCCUUUUGGUACCAAGUCCUAAUUGGUAACCAAAUAACACUAAUUCAUACAAGCAUAGCAUAAGAGGUAGAACAACCAACCUCUAUACAUGUUAAAGUCGCUGAUUCUUGUAAUAUUGUUUCUUAACUGAACCUCAAAACAUGUAGCUGUUUUGUGAAAUUUGUUGUUACAUUGAAAGUCAAUGGCAAUGGUAGUAUUGGGACUUCAUUGUAAUAUUUAUAAGUUUUCUUGACAUUCACUUUAUUUGUGAUUGCCAAUGCCAUUUUACGUUCUUGUGUGACAUUUUUGAGUCACCAUAAACCAUUCUGUGUCGUGUAUGCAAUUUUUCUCAGAGCUGGUGUCUACAUCCUUCGCUGAUAUUGAUUGCCAUUGAUAAUGACAUAAUUCAUAGUGAACCAGUGAAUCAGUUAUUUUUUUAGGUUCUUAUCAUGUUUGUAAUCAUUGUCAUUUACUGUGUAGAUUUUUAAAAAUGUGUUCAUCCAGAAAGAACAUCCUUUUUAGUCUAUUAUAUGAAUUAUUUUUUUAAAAGAAUUUUUCAUAUGCUUUGUUCCGCAGAUAUGUUUUUCACUGUUACUGUCUCUGUCUGAUGCUGUUGUGGUGACAGGCAUUGUGUGCUACAAGCUGUCAAAAUAAACUUUAAACAAUGCACAUUAAA